AUGCUCAUACCACUCCUCUUUCUGGGCUCUGGCCUGGUCACUGCAAUACCCUUUCCACAAGCCGAUGGUGCCUCCAACCGCGUGGAUCUCAGCAACUGCCCUGGUUAUGCAGCAACCAAUAUAGCCAGCAAUGACCACUCCGUUACUGCUGAUCUGAAGAUCAAUGGCCCCAAGUGUAACGCUCACGCGGAGGAUUUGGAGGAGCUGAAGCUCCUGGUCGAGUAUCAGACGGGCGAUCGUCUUCAUGUCAAGAUAUACGAUGCCGGUCUCAAUAUGUAUCAGGUGCAAGAGGAGGUUCUACCACGGCCCAAGCACAACAAAGUAUCCUCAACCGAGGCGGCCUUGCAGUUCAACUUCACAGCAAACCCGUUCUCCCUCACAGUCACGCGCAAAUCGAACAACGAGGUACUCUUCGAUACUCGAGACUUCCAACUCAUCUACGAAUCGCAAUACAUUAGGCUGCGCACGAAGCUCCCUCAAGACCCCAACCUCUACGGCCUGGGCGAGCACUCCGACUCUUUCCGCCUUGCCACAAACGGGUACACGCGUAGUCUCUGGAACAGCGAGUCGCCAGGCAUUCCUGAAAAUAGCAAUAUCUACGGUACCCAUCCAGUGUACUUUGACCAUCGCGGAGCCAAGGGAACGCAUGGAGUCUUUCUCCUCAACGCCAACGGCAUGAAUAUCAACAUCGACCAAGACUCCAAAGGUCAGUAUCUGGAAUACAAUACCAUAGGCGGGGUGCUAGACUUUUACUUCAUGGCCGGCCCGCAACCCGCCGAUGUGUCUCGCCAGUAUGCCGACAUCGUCGGCUACCCGGCCAUGUUCCCCUACUGGACUCUCGGAUUCCACCAAUGCAAAUACGGAUACUGGGACGUCAACAUGGUUGCCGAAGUUGUGGCGAACUACUCCAAAGCCGAGAUCCCGCUCGAAGUCAUGUGGACCGAUAUCGACUACAUGCACUACCGACGGGAUUUCACUCUGGAUCCAGACCGCUUCCCCAAGGACAAGAUGCGCGAAUUAGUAGCUACCCUGCACUCGCGCGAUCAAAAGUACAUCCUCAUUCUCGAUCCAGCCAUCGCUGCCACUCUGUCCGCAGGAGAGUAUCCAACAUAUCAACGCGGCCGCGACCUGGACGUUUUCUUCCGCGCCGACCCCUCCAAACCAGAGCCUUACUUAGGCGUGCAGUGGGCAGGAGUAGAAGCCUGGCCAGACUGGUCAAACCCGAGAACGGAGCAGUGGUGGACGAACGAGUUCGACAUUUUCUUCAACCCAACAACAGGAAUUGACGUUGACGGCGUAUGGGUCGACAUGAACGAGGCGUCCAAUUUCUGCCCGGACAUCAAAUGUAAUCCUGCUGAGCUUGCGAAGAACUGGAAUAUCCCUCCUGAGCCGAUGAAUGCUCCGCGCCCUAACACGGGGAGGCCAAUAGAAGGGUUCCCACCGUCAUUUCAGCCGGAAUCUACAAAGGGAAAACUCGGAGCCAGACAAUUGAUUGGCAGUGACAAGAAAGGCAAUGAUCUCUCAGCACAAUGUCCUCGCCGCGCUGCCUUCAACACCAUGAAAGGUACUAUAGGCCGAGACGUCCUCUCUCCCGCGUACAAGAUCAAAAUGCACGACGUCUCCAACCUCUCCGACCGUACCCUCCCCACGACCUUGACAAACUGCGACGGCACCCAGCAAUACGACACCCACAAUCUGCACGGCGCCCUCAUGGCCUCGACAACCUACGCCUCCAUGCUUGCCCGCCGUCCCCACCUCCGCCCCUUCGUCCUGACCCGCUCCACCUUCGCCGGUACGGGAACAAAAGCCGCCCACUGGUUCGGCGACAACGAGUCCUCGUGGGCCCACUACCGCACCUCGGUCCGCCAAAUGCUGGCCUUCGUCUCCAUGCACCAGAUGCCCAUGGUCGGCUCCGACAUCUGCGGUUUCAACGGCAAUGCGCAGCCCGCACUGUGUGCGCGGUGGGCCAUGCUGGGUGCCUUCCAGCCGUUUUAUCGCAACCACGCCGCCGAUAACGCCAUCGCGCAGGAAUUCUACCAGUGGCCCGAGACGGUGCGAGCGGCGAGGCGGGCGCUGGAUGUGAGGUAUAGGUUACUCGAUUACGCGUACACGGCCAUGUGGUAUCAGCAUAAAGAAGGCACGCCGAUGGUGAAUCCGCUCUUCUUCCUGUAUCCGCACGACGCGCAGACGUUUGCUAUCCAGGAGCAGUGGUUCUGGGGCGACGCUUUGCUGGUUUCUCCCGUCACGGAGGGCUCCGACGCCGUCACUUUCUAUCUUCCAGACGGCGUGUGGUAUGAUUUCUGGACGCACGACAGGAUCGAGAGCGUCGGGCGGUGGGAAACGAGGGUCGGGGUCGGGCUGGAUGAUAUCCCCGUUCAUGUGAGGGGUGGGAGUAUCGUGCCUCUUCGUGUGGGGUCGGGUAUGACUACAAAGGCUGUUAGGCGAGAGGGUUUCGAGCUCCUGGUUGCGCCGGAUAGGAAUGGGACUGCGAGGGGGAGGCUGUAUGUGGAUGAUGGGGAGAGCCUGGUGCAGGGGGGUGUGACGGAGGUGGAGUUUGUGUUUGAGGAGGGACGGCUCGUGGUUAGGGGCGUGCUUGGGUAUAGAGGGGAUGGAGGAGAGGGGUUGAGGUUGGAGAGGGUCGUGCUGUUGGGACAGAAUGGGUUGGGGGAGGGCAGGGUGGGCGUCUUCGACGAGGGGAAGGGGGAGAUUGUGGUGGAGGGUCCGGGAAGGUGGGAGUGCGAAUGGGGAUUCACCUUGUAG